AUGAUUGGGAGUCUUCUGUAUCUUACAGCUAGUCGUCCUGAUAUUUCCUUCAGCGUCGGUGCUUGUGCCCAUUACCAAGCCAGUCCUAAAGAGUCUCACCUUCUUGCGGUAAAACGCAUCAUCAAAUAUGUUAAUGGGACAGUGGGGUAUGUGGUUUGGUUUUCUAUUGAUACUACAGCUGAAAUUAGUGGUUUUUCUAAUGUCGAUUGGGCAGGGUGUGCUAAUGAUAGGAAAAUUACCGCUGCUGGCCUUGCUGAGGAGGCUGAGUUUGAUGCUACCACAGCUGGUGGUGAGGCGGAUGCUGUUCCGCCUCGGGCGUUUCGUGACCAACUUCAACAUUUCGAGGAUGCUAUGACUUAG